CGUCUCUUAAAACUUUUGUUACUGACAUUUGAAAUAUUUAAAAAAAACUUAUUGGUUAUUCCACUCACGCAAUUAUUUCAUUUUUGAUUAAAUAAAUACAUAAUAGGUUUUAAGGAAAAAAUUAACUUAAAUCGUGCUAGUUGCUAAUUACUUCAUUACCAGUUUUUUCUAUUUGUGUAGUAGUUUUGUACAUUAUUGAGAAGGUGAAACAAUCUGUAUUAUUGCAAAUUUAUUUACGCCAAUCAUGAGAAAUUUACAUCUCUGGGAUAUAUCUAAUGGAAACAUUCCAGUUGAAUCUAAAGGUCUACAGACAGUUUACUAUGGACAUGACGGAAUCAAUUCGUCUGGUGAUUUGUAUGUUUGUUCACAUAACCUUGUUGUGAGCUGUUAUAAUGGGAAUGGUGACAUCAAAUGGAACGUGGAUCUUAGUGGCACCUCGUCUCCUAAUAACUAUUCUGUUAAUUUAACGUAUCUGACUCUUCCAAAUACAUUGUGUGUAGCGCUUAAAAAUGGUGAAUUGUUCACUAUUAGUGACUCUGGUAAAACCUGUGACUUGGCUGGCGUGUUUGAUGUUGGAUUAUCGGUUAUGGAGUGGAGCCCUGAUCAAGAACUACUUGUUUUGGUAACAAAAAACUUGAAAACCAUUCUUAUGUCCUGUACUUUUGAUCCUAUGAAUGAAGUAGACCUUUUGAAUGAAGAAUUUGGACUAAAGCAGUUUAUUACUGUUGGAUGGGGUAAAAAAGAAACACAGUUUCAUGGAUCUGAAGGCAAACAAGCUGCAAAAUUAAAGUCUGAAAUAAUUGCAGAUGCUAAUACCAGUUCUAACAAUACUGUCAGAAUAACCUGGAGGGGUGAUGGCCAUCUAUAUGCUAUUGGCUUUACCAUGGAUGGCAUAAGACGAUUUAAAGUUUUUGAUAGAGAAGGUAAUUUGCAAUACACAAGUGAGAAACAACAAGGUCUUGAAAGUAAUUUGGCAUGGCGUCCUAGUGGUAAUGUCAUUGCUACAACUCAAAGACUAUCGGAUAAAUAUGUUGUAACAUUUUUUGAAAAGAAUGGUCUGAAACAUGGUGAGUUUAUUAUACCAGUAAAUGCUACAACUUGUGUAGAACAAUUAGCUUGGAGUUCUGACUCUGAAAUAUUGACAUUACAGUGCAGAGAGAUAGAUACAAAUUAUCAGAAGUUAUUACUAUUCACAACAGGCAACUAUCACUGGUAUUUGAAACAAACAUUGGAGUUCAAUCCUAAUCAACAAAUAUCUAAAAUUAUUUGGGAUAACAACUUUGAUGUUGCUAAUAGUAAAAAGUUACAUAUUAUCCUAGAUAAUGGGCAACAUUUUACAUAUUCAUGGAUUUGGAAUGUUGAUCAUAGUACAGGACAAACUGAUAAAGAUGAUGCUCUAGUUGCAGUUAUUGAUGGACCGAAAAUAUUAGUCACAGGUUUUAGGCAAAAUGUGGUACCACCUCCAAUGGCUGCCACAGAAAUAAAGUGUGAAUCCUUUAUUAAUUCUAUACACUUUGCUCCAUGUGCAAUAAAUGAUGAGUAUAGGAAAACUAACAGGUUUUUUGUUUAUACUGCUGACCAUACUCUAGUAUUUUAUGAACAAACACAAAAGUUUCCUUUAAAAUUAGAAGUAAUAAAAAUUAUACAACUCGAUAAAUAUGAUUUAUUAUUUAAAUAUUACAAUUGGUAUUGGAUUAAACCUAACAUGCUAAUGUGUGUUAUGAUGGACAAUGAACAUGGUUAUCAUUUAGUGGAAUAUAAUAUAGAAGAUGACAAAAUCAAAAAAGAAAAUGUAACACCUUUACCAGAAGCAGUAACAAGAAUUCAGUCACACCCUACAGACUCCACAUCGGUAUUUUUACAAUUGAGAAACGGAGAGAUACUAUGGUAUACUAAAGAAAAGUUAGAAAUACAGAAUAUUAUGUUUCCUGUGACAUGUCCAAACUUCAAUAUAAUUUCAAUAAAAGAGGACUUGUAUUUUAUAGGUCUUUCACACAAAGGUAAUUUAUUGAUAAAUGGUGCAAUAGCAUUAAAUAAUGUUAGUUCUUUUUUUAUUCACACUCAUUUUCUACUCAUCACAACAUUGCAACAUCUUCUGUUGUGUGUUGAAUUAACAAAAUCUGGAAUAUCUGCCAUUAUGGAAUAUCAGAAGACUCAAUCUGAAUAUAUAUAUAAGAGAAAAAUUGAAAGAGGUGCAAAAUUAAUUAUUGCUGUACCUAAUGAUAUAAGAACUAUUUUUCAAUUGCCAAGAGGUAAUUUAGAAUGUAUACAGCCUCGACCUUUGGCACUUAAGGUCAUAGGAGAAUAUCUAAAUUCUUUGAAAUAUAAUGAGGCAUUUGAUUUAAUGAGAAAGCAAAGAAUAAAUUUAAAUUUGAUAUAUGAUCACAAUCCAGAGCAGUUUAUUAAAGAUAUAGAUGUAUUUUUACAAUCAAUCACAAAUAAUUCUUGGCUGAGCCUUUUUUUGUCUGAUCUGGAAAAUGUGGAUGUUACAAAAACAAUGUAUUCCAGUAGCUAUGCGGACAAAAUGACUACAGCAAACUAUGAAAUAGGUAACAAAAUUAAAAAAAUAUGUGACAUCAUUAGAAUGCAUUUAACACAGAGGUCUGAUGCUGAUAGUAAAAUAUUACCAUUACUUACUGCUUUUGUUAAGAAAAAUACGGUUGAAGAUUUAGAAACUGCCUUAUCUCUGAUAAAAGAUUUAAAAAUUAAAGAGUCGGGUGGUUUGAAACUAUGUGUGGGAUCUGAUGAAGCAUUAAAAUAUUUGUUAUAUAUGGUUGAUGUGAAUCGUCUUUUCGAUGUAGCCCUUGGAAUGUACGAUUUUGACUUAGUUUUAUUAGUUGCUACUAAGUCUCAAAAGGAUCCUAAAGAGUAUGUACCAAUGCUGAAUGAAUUAAAUGAAAUGGAUGAAAACUAUAGGAGAUUUACAAUAAAUAAACAUUUGAAGAAAUUUAGUAAAGCAAUACAAUAUCUUGUUAAAUGUGGACCUGAGAAAUAUGAUCAGCUGAAGACAUUUGUGAAAUAUCAUAGUCUCUAUAGGGAAGCAUUAUCACUUCUUUCUCCUGAUGAAGAUGUCUACAAAGAUAUAUCAGAUGAUUUUGGACUCUAUCUAAAAUUGAAAAAAGAAUUCAUAAAGGCUGGUAUUAUUUAUGAACGAGCUAACAACAGUGAAAAGGCUGUCGAAUGUUACAAAGAGGCUUUGGAGUGGGAAUUGGCCAUAAAAGUUGCUCAUUGCUGGUCUAAGGAAAAGCUUAAAAAUGUAUGUGGUGAUCUUAUUAAUGGACUAAAAGAAGAAAAGCGCCACCAUGAAGCUUUAAAAAUCUUUGAACAAUAUUACGAGAAUCAUGAAGAAGCAAUUAAUUACGCUAUAGAAAACAGUCAAUAUAAAACUGCUUUAAGACUGUGCACUCAGUACAACUUGUUUCACUUGAAAACUGAACGUAUUUUGCCAACUUUGUUAGAUGAAUACAAAAAUUUAAAAAAUUUAAUAGAAAAAAAUUGCAGCGAUUUUGUGAAAUACAAAGAGAGAUUAUUUAUAGUAAGAGAAAACAAAAUCAAGACUUCUGCAACUGAUAACUAUGAUUUCUCCUAUACUAAUAGAGACAGUGAUUUAUAUUCUGAUGCCGGCAGUACAUUGGCUUCUUCGUCCAGAGGGUCAAGCCGAAGUUUCCGUUCAAGUAAGAACAGAAGAAAGCAUGAGCGUAAAGUAGCAUCACUGAAAGAAGGUUCGCAGUACGAAGAUAUCGCCCUAGUAAUGACCCUUCAUAACCUGGUCACCACAACAUUUGAUUUGAGGAUGCCCAUAAAAGAAGUUAACUUAGCUUUAUGUUGCUUUGAAAAGGAUGAAGAAGCUUUCAUUUUACAGACAUUACUUGAAAAAUUACUCACAAUUAUGAAAGACAGCCUAAGAGAUAUUUGGACUAAUGAACUAGUAAUAGAAGCUACCAAUGCUUCCAUUGUAGCUCAAAAUAUCCCUGAGGGCAGUAAUGUAAUACCACAGGGUAUUGCAUCUCUAGAACCUCAUAUCAGAAUAAGCCCUAUCAUCUCAGACAUAAAUUGGAAACUUGAUUUUGACUAAAAUUAUUCAUUAAACUCUGUUAAAAUGGUUCAGUUUUAUUAAAAAUAA